AUGGUAGAGGAAAUUCAAAGGCUGGUGAUUGGAAAAGGCCUAGUGGGGGAGAUUCUAGUGCUCUCGUUAGAUGCUACAACUAUGGUGAGACUAGACAAAGAAGAAAUGAGUGCAAGAGUGGAGAAAAGAAGUGCUUCAAAUAUGGCGGCGAUCUUUCCUGGAGAUAGUAGUGUUGAGGAUUUGGCGAUGACUACUAAGCAAGUGAAUGAAGCGGUUAAAGAUGGGGCUGCCAUGUUCAUAUUAUUUGCAUCAAUGGAAGGGAAGGGAAAAGCGGUGAGUAGUGAAUUACCGGUGGUGCGUGACUUUCCUGAAGUUUUUCUAGAAGAUGUUAUAGAGUUACCACCCGAGAGAGAAGUGGAAUUCGCUAUUCAGUUGAUUCUUGGAACUAGUCUUGUGUCAAUGCUGGUUGGAGCAAUUGUAUUUAGUAAAAUUGAUCUGAGGUCUGGGUAUCAUCAAAUUCUUGUGAAAGCGGAUGAUAUUAAGAAAACUGCAUUCAGAACGAGGUAUGGUCAUUACGAGUAUAUAGUGAUGCCAUUCGGAGUUACUAACGCACCUGGUGUUUUUAUGGAAUAA